CUUUCCAACCGAUACUGUUUGUUGAUGGUGAACAAUCUAAUUUGUUUGUAACCGACGUGCCGUUUUAUUUGUUCAACAUUUAACUGUCCAUUCAACAUAAAUUAAGUGUACGCAAUGAUUUCCACUAAACUGAAAGAACAUGCUGCCAAAAUCAGUUCUGAAAUCAAAAAAAUUACUACGAAAAUCCCACUGACUUUUUUGAAUUAUUCAUACCACAACGAAGAUACAACGGUGGUGCUGAAGCGACGAAACGAUCAAUUAGACGAAAUGCAAGAUGUAAAAGAGUUUCUCAACGACAAUAACACAUUCUCUGAAGUGGUUAGGAAAAUUCAAGCAGACUUUAAGGAUGUUAAGGAACAACUGAAGCGAUUCGAAGUGGAUGUCAAUGUGCUGGACGAUGCAUCGAGAAACUGUUCGAACAAUACUUCAGCUAAAAAUCAUUCGACCGUUGGACUGUGGACCAACUCCAAUGGGGUGUUGCACACUUCACGAAUACCGCGACCAUAACAAUAAAGAGUUCGAAUUUGUAAAAGAUUUAGACGUUGCAUUGUUGAUGUUAUUAAAUAAAAAUGUCAGACGUUGCUUUCGCAGUGGUAUAUACAGUAGUGUGAGUGUUUGUAUUUCGUCUUAAAAACAACAACACUGUCAGCUGGUUGUGUUAUCUAAACAUUUCACUUUUUGCACUUUGUCACGUCAAAACCGAAUCAAUUAAUAUCUCGAAAUGAGUGGCGCAGUGAUUCCAAUUGUUACCCGAAUUUCGCACAAUAUUAUUCGCAUAUUAGGAUGCAAUCCGGGACCAAUGACUUUGCAGGGGACAAACACGUAUCUCAUUGGUACCGGUGUAAAGCGAAUACUUUUGGACACAGGCGAUCCCGAUAAGCCGUUGUUCAUUGAAAAUUUGAAAAAUGUUUUGCAUUCGGAACAAGCCUCAAUCGAAACCAUUCUGUUGACGCAUUGGCACCACGACCAUAUCGGAGGCGUGAGGGAUGUGCUCAGCAUUUUGGAUGCGAAUGCCAACUGUAAGAUUUGGAAAUAUCCGAGAGUCGAUGCCGCUGAUGAGUAUGAGGAAAUUCCGAAAUCGGUGGAAUUGAACAAACUGACCGACGGACAAGAAUUUACCGUUGAUGGGGCUUCGGUGAAAGUAAUUUACACGCCAGGCCAUACCACCGAUCAUGUCGUGUUACAGAUGAAAGACGACAAGACGUUGUUCAGUGGGGAUUGUAUUUUAGGUGAAGGGACGGCUGUUUUCGAGGAUCUUUACGAUUAUAUGCGAAGUCUACAACUCAUCUUGGACAACAAGCCAACCAAAAUCUAUCCGGGACACGGCAACAUAGUCGAUGAUCCCAUACCGAAAAUUCAAUUCUACAUUGACCAUCGCAAUCAACGUGAAGCGCAGAUUUUGAGUGCACUCAAGUCGCAUCCCGAACGAUGUUUCACUGAAAUGGAUUUGGUGGAAAUCAUUUACCAGGAAACGCCGAAAGAAUUGUGGCCGGCUGCUGCUUACAAUGUACGGCAACAUCUUACAAAAUUGACCAAGGAAAGACAGGUCAUUGAACUGACUAAAGACGGUGUUACUGUUUGGCAAUAUCGUCAGAUUUCGGCGCUGUAAAUUGAAUUUCGUUGUAGAGAGUCAAUGGUGCUCCAGUGAGUUCUUUCAUAGGGCGCUCGUUAAAAAAAGUUUUUUUUGUCCAACUUAUCACUAAAGGACACUGCUGUUACUAUGGAUGUUUAUCUUUCGAAAAUUAAAAGCUGAAAUUGGG